AUGAAAGACAGGCUAACCCUGCUUCUGUGCGCCAAUGCUAGCAGCGACUGCAAAAUUAAACCGCUGCUGGUGUACCAUUCAGAAAACCCCAGGCCAUUCAAGAAGAACGGUGUGCAAAAGAGCAAACUCAGUGUGAUGUGGAGGGCAAACAAGAAAGCCUGGACAACCAGGCAGUUCUUCACGGAGUGGUUUGUGGAGGUGUUUGCACCUGCAGUGAAGACAUACCUAAUAGAGAAGAAUCUACCACUCAAGGCCCUCCUGUUGAUGGACAAUGCCCUUGCACACCCUCCAGGCGUGGAAGAAGAAUUGGGUAAGGGGUAUAAAUUCAUGGAAGUGAUGUUCCUCCCCCCCAACACCACGCCACUGAUCCAACCCAUGGACCAGAAUGUCAUCGCCAGCUUUAAGAAGCUGUACACAAAAGCACUUUUUGAGAGGUGCUUUGAGGUGACUUCUGAAACAGAGCUCACUCUGAGGGAGUUUUGGAAGAAUCACUUCAAUAUCCUCCACUGCCUAAGGCUCAUAGAUAAAGCCUGGGGUCAAGUUUCUGUGAGGUCCUUGCAGUCUGCCUGGAAAAAUCUGUGGCUGACCUGUGUGACAGCCAAGGAUUUUGAGGGAUUCGAGCCUUCAGUCCAGGAGUCUGCUGUGGUGGGGGACAUUGUGUCUCUGGGGAGGGCCAUAGGCAUUGAGGUGGACAGUGAUGAUGUGGAGGAGCUGGUGCAAGCACACUCUGAAGACCUCACCACUGAUGAGCUGCAUCAACUUCACCAGGAACAGCUGCAGGAGGUAACUGAGGAGCUGUCUUCAGGGGAGGAGGAGGGGAACAGCAAGGAAAGAGUCUCCACUGCAGAGAUCAAGAAAUAUUUGCGGCAGUGGACAGAGUUGGGAAACUUUUUGGAGAGGUGCCACCCUGAUAUUGCUGCCGUACACAGAAACAUAAACCAGUUUGAUGGAAAUUUGAUGCAGCAUUUCAGAGACAUUUUGAAAAAAAGGCAAAGGCAGAUCACAUUAGACAGAUUCUUGUUGAAAAAGGAAUCUAGUGAGAGUGCAAGUGUUAGUGAGCCACAGCCCUCCACUAGUGGGUUCACAGGAAUCACACCAGGAGACGAGUUACCAGACGGUGACUCGUCCUCCGACGAAUAA